AUGUUAGGACUUAUAAUAGAAUUAACAAAUGCACCGAGAAUUUUCCUUUUACUCAGCCUCCUUGUAUCGGUGAAAGCUGCAAUUGAAGACAUGAGACCUCCUCCUCAUCUUUUCGGUAGUAAUGGAAAGUACACAGGACUAGUGACAGCAUUAGUUUUCCUUGGAAUGAUCUUUUUAAUCAUAAUCUAUGCAGCUAUUGAUUAUUAUUACAAAGAGCAAAGAAUAUCUCAAAGCAAAAAACAGCUGGAUGACGAAGAGGACGAAGAUGAAGAAGAGAAGAAGGGACCUGCCAGUAAGGACAGCCAACGUAGAGAUUUGAAUGAUAGGAAAGUUGAGUAA